AUGAGCUUAUCACAAGAGAGAGUUCUCACCACCCGACACCCACACUCGCACCAUCUGCGCAUUGCGGACAGGAGACUCAGUUCGUACCCACUGCAACGACCUUAUGUGAACAUUCGAGCGGCUAUGCCAGCUUUCGGCCUUCGGCAUCUCAAAUGUAUUUGUGUCUUAGCGCACGGCGCAGUACGACAUGAUUAUUUUCCAAACGGGACUACAGUAGAUGUUCCGGCAUGCCCAAGACGUCCUGAAUUCCUAAGCCUCGACGAGCGCCUGAAGCAGCAACGUAUUGAGACGAGAACUUUCCCCUGGAUUCUAGCGGCUGGUCCAUCAGGAUCUUCUCAAGCACGCGACUUCGAGAGGAACUCUCACAGGGCUGAGUCGAAUGGUGUCAGUGACGGACCAGGAAGAAGACUGGCCAUGAUGGGCAUCCUUGAACGCUCGAUGCCGUAUUACCUAUCUGACGAUAACACCGACCCAAGCCUCAACGUCGCCUAUCUGAAAGAUGCAUACGAUCUGCUGCACCACACUCUGAAGAAUGAGCAGAGAGCAAAGGUUGACCUAGAUUCCUUGCCUUACAGCUGCGCAAUCCUUGAUUAUGGCAUGCGCACUGGAAUUUGGUCGAUUGAAACUGCAGAUUGCGUAAGGCACUUGCAUGGUCGAGUGGUGGGUUACGACAUUAUCGACAUGCACCCGCCAAUGGACAUACUACCGGAAAAUUUGACCCUUGUCACAGGAGAUGACGGAAAGGUGUGGCGCAAAGACAGUCCCUACGACAUCAUUCACGUGCGAUUCGUCGAGAGCAUCGUAGAUUGGCAGAACUUCCCCAAAAUUGCCUAUAACAAUCUCAACACGGGUGGUCGCUUGAUCAUCGAAAUGGUUGAUCUUAUGCCUUGCGGCGACGAGCAGAAGUCUUUUCCAGGAAAUUCGGCUCUCAAAGCCUGGGCAGAGAAGUUUCGUCAGUACAUUAAGUGUCAAGCUGAUCAACAGGAAAUCGAGGCUUUACUCCGAGAUCAGGGCUUCGACGUUACAUGCGCAGCGAUCGAUUUGCCGAUCAAUCCCUACAAGCAAUCUAAAAUUGAGCAAGAGAGCGGCAAACGCUUUCAUUGGUGCCUCAGACAAUUUCUGCAGGCGAAAUGCUUUGCAUCUCGUCGCGAGGCCCCGCCGCAAGAAAUGUUGGACCUGGUGGCGGAUGCAACCAAGGAAAUCCGGAAUCCCGAUCACCAUGCCUUCUGUAAAUGGUGUCAAUCUGCCACAAGUCUUCUACGAUGCCGUCUAACGUGCCGAAUCACUACCUGGGCUAUGAAACCCAUUGUCUUGGGUGAAUAUGAUGGCGUGGAGGGUCACCAUUCCUCCUCCGUCAGCAACGUUUUACAUCUGAUGACUACACUCAGCGCCAUUCACCGGCUGCUGGACCUCUUCGUUCACUCUUUGCAAGCGGACUCGACCUCCCUUUCGUCCGAUUGCCUUCCAAAACGAUCCAUCAAGCCCCAAAACGAUGGUCGAAGAGCCUCUUACAGCCAGUUGGGAGACAGGCAAGCUCACUCUCAUGCUCGGAUCAACAUCUCGGACAUCUACAUCUAG